AAUUACAUAAAUGACCUGUUUCGAUGACUUUUACAAAUACUCAUACUCUCUCUAACGUUUUCGCAAUAAACUAACUGUUAAAACGAUAUACAUAUUAACCGAGCGCGAAAGGAUAUAUUUGAAAGCCAUCAAACUCUCGUGGUUUACAACUCGGAACUCAGACACUAGACAAAAAGCAAUAAUAUGGGCUCGACUUGCUCCAAAACAAAUGCAAAAACAACUACUACAGCCGAUGUUGUUGUAACUACUAACGAUAGCAUUGCAAACACAUUCAAUGACAAUAAUAGUUGUUUACUGGCAGUGCAAUUUGAAAAUGUGAAAUCCAUCAGAGUCUUGAAGUACCAGAGCGCGAUAGACGAAUGGACUAUUAUACACGAAAUACCCGUGAAAGGUCUCUACCGCACCGCCAUAGUAAAACACUACAUGCUCUUCCAUGACUGGCAGGAUGGCGUACGUGUUUGUUGUUAUGACACAACAACACGCGCCAUACGUACAUUGAAACCGUUAAAAGCGGAUCAACCGUAUUGGAGCUGUUACUGCGCUGCCGAAUAUCAAGAGCGCCUUUACUUAAUCGGCGCUGAGACGCACGAUAAUAGCAAAGUCUACGCAUGGGAUCCGGAAAAAGACGUGUUGACCGAGGCGCCAAAGCUGAUUAUUGGUCGAACACGGACAACGGCCUUGAAACAUGACGGUUACUUGUAUGUGGCCGGUGGCAUGAUCUCCAAUGAUGGCAAUGAACGCGACACCAACUCGGUAGAACGGUACAAUCCGCGACGCAACUGUUGGGAACGUUGCGCUCCGAUGUUGCAAGCGCGCGCCGUGGCCGGGUUGGCCUCCGCCGGUCGUUUCAUAUUCGUUGUGGGUGGCGACUGCGCGGCGACACCAACAAAUAUGGUGGAGCGCUAUGACACGCAUACCAACAAAUGGACUCAGUUGAGUGCGAUGCAUAUCCCAAAAAUUUUCCCCGGCACUAUAUUUUUUAACAACCGUCUCAUGGUUUGUGGCAACUCUAGCGAUUAAGAGGAUUGCUCAUUAGUAGAAGAAUUCGAUGAGGCGACCAAAAAAUGGAUUCGAAAGAACAAAAUGCCCAUAGAUGGUUCCUUCUCAUAUAUGGUGGCUUCACCGGCAUGGGUCAGGCAGUUAGAGUCACUCAAUUGAAUAAAAAAUUCAGUGAUUAAUAUAAUUUAAAAAAAAACUAGAACUUAAUGAGAAACGUAAUAUUUUAUUCUUUUUAUUUACAACUUUUUUAAUAAAAAAUGUGUAACAAUUUUCAUAAAUAAAGUAAAACAACA